CAGGGACCGGAGCGAUAACACGGAUUCGGAUAUAUUUAUAACACACACCCGCACGUAUAUAUAUUUAUAUAUAUAUAUAUAUAUAUAUAUAUAUACAUUCCUACAUACUCACUCACACACACACACACACAUACACACAUGCACGCAUAUACAGCGUGAGAAGUCAGAAAUAUUCAGAGAUACAAAAAAGAAACAGAUACACAGAGUGAGAGAGAAAGAGAGAAACUGGACGGAAAAGAGAACAGAAGAGAGUUGCACAUGGCCGGGAUUAUUUACUCCCUCGCUUCACUUUUAUUUGGGAUUUCCGCCGCAAUCAGCGCCCUGCAGAGGACCUACCCUGCAAAUGAAGUUACAUUACUGGAUUCGAGAUCUGUGCAGGGAGAACUGGCAUGGGUGGCAAGUCCGACAGAAGGAGGGUGGGAAGAGGUGAGCAUCAUGGACGAGAAGAACGUCCCAAUCCGGACGUACCAGGUUUGUAACGUAUUGGAGUCAAGUCAGAACAACUGGUUGCGCACGCACUGGAUCGAGCGCGGCCGGGCGCAGCGCAUCUACAUAGAGAUCAAGUUCACUUUACGCGACUGCAACAGCCUACCCGGCGUCACAGGCGCUUGCAAAGAGACCUUCAACCUGUACUAUCUAGAAUCCGACUCGGAUGGAGAGCACGGUGUACCUGAGCGGCGCUUCGCUAAGAUCGACACGGUGGCGGCCGACGAGAGCUUCACGCAGGUGGACGUGGGGGACCGGGUCAUGAAACUGAACACAGAGGUGCGCACUGUGGGCGCACUCAGCCGCAGAGGCUUCUACCUGGCCUUCCAGGACGUGGGCGCAUGUGUGGCACUUGUUUCUGUGCGAGUGUUUUAUAAGAGAUGUCCACUGGUUGUCAGGAACCUGGCCAGCUUCCCUGAUACGGUAGCAGGAGCAGAUGCUUCAGCGCUGGUGGAAGUGCACGGUGCGUGUGUGGAACACUCGGAGGAGCGCCAAGAGCCCAAAAUGUACUGCGGUGCUGACGGGGAGUGGCUGGUUCCCAUCGGGACUUGUCUCUGUCAGCCUGGUUACGAGGAACGCAGUGGAAAGUGUCAAGUGUGUAAGGUGGGAUAUUACCGGUCUUUGGCUACAGAUGGAUCCUGCACUAAGUGCCCUCCGAACAGUUACUCCAUGAGAGAGGGUUCCACAGCGUGUGAGUGUGAUAAAGGCUACUACAGAGCAGAAACAGACUCUCCAGCUAUGGCCUGCACACGCCCCCCCUCAGCUCCUCAGCACCUGAUCUCCAGUGUGAACGAGACGUCAGUGUUGCUGGAGUGGAGUCCUCCACUUUCCACUGGCGGCCGUCGUGAUCUUACCUACAGUGUGUUAUGUGAGCGGUGCACAUGGACAUCAGCACGGUGCGUACCAUGCGGUGAUGGCGUGCACUACUCCCCCCAGAGGCUCAGUUUUAACGGCACUCGAGUAUCUGUGCACCAGCUACAGGCUCACACAAACUACACCUUCCAUAUCUGGGCUGUGAACGGAGUGUCCAAACACAACCCGAAACCCGAGCAGGCCGCCUCCAUCAUGCUUACCACCAACCAGGCUGCUCCAUCGACAGUGGUGUCUGUGCAGAGUAAGGACGUCACCCGUGACACUCUUAUACUCUUCUGGCAGGAGCCUGAUAAACCCAAUGGAGUCAUACUGGAGUAUGAGGUCAAAUACUACGAAAAGGAGCAGAACGAGAGGAGUUACCGUAUUGUAAAGACCACGUCUCGCAGUGUUAACAUAAAGGACCUGACACCAUUAACCUCCUAUGUGUUUCACGUGCGUGCCCGCACCGCAGCCGGUUAUGGAGAUUUUAGCGCUCCACUGGAGGUCAUGACCAACUCAGUACCGUCUCCUGUGGUGGGAGAAGGCAUGAACCCCACCAUUCUUUUGCUGUGUGCUUGUGGCAGCGUCGUUCUGCUCCUCAUCCUCGCCUGUGCCUUCCUCAUAAAAAAGAGGAGGGCCAAAUACAGCAAAGCCAAGCAAGAUGAAGAAAAGCACCAACCAGGAGUGAGGGUUUAUGUUGACCCGUUCACCUAUGAGGACCCGAACCAAGCCAUCCGAGAGUUUGCUAAGGAGAUUGAUGCCUCCUACAUCAAGAUUGAAAAAGUAAUUGGAGUUGGUGAGUACGGUGAAGUUUGCUGCGGCCGUUUGAAGUUCCCCACCAAGCGUGAGGUGUGUGUGGCCAUUAAGACACUAAAGGCCGGGUUUACUGAGCAGCAGAGACGUGACUUCCUGAGCGAGGCAAGCAUCAUGGGCCAGUUUGAUCAUCCCAACAUUAUCCGCUUGGAGGGCGUAGUCACCAUGUGCAAGCCGAUCAUGAUCAUCACUGAAUACAUGGAGAACGGCUCUCUGGAUGUGUUUCUCAGAAAGAACGAUGGGCGUUUCACUGUUAUUCAGCUGGUUGGUAUUCUGCGUGGCAUCGCUUCAGGGAUGAAGUAUCUAUCAGACAUGAGCUACGUCCACAGAGACCUGGCAGCACGAAACAUUUUGGUCAAUAGUAACCUAGUGUGCAAGGUGUCUGAUUUCGGCAUGUCCAGAGUCCUGGAGGACAAACCUGAGGGAGCUUAUACAACACGGGGAGGGAAAAUUCCGAUUCGCUGGACAGCCCCAGAAGCCAUUGCGUACAGGAAGUUCACUUCAGCCAGUGACGUGUGGAGUUACGGCAUCGUCAUGUGGGAGGUGAUGUCCUACGGAGAACGGCCGUACUGGGACAUGAGUAACCAGGAUGUCAUAAAGGCAAUAGAAGAAGGCUACAGGUUACCAGCACCAAUGGAGUGUCCUGUAGCACUUCAUCAGCUCAUGUUAGAGUGCUGGCAGAGAGAGCGCAGCGAGCGGCCCAAAUUCAGCCAGAUCGUCAACAUGCUGGACAAACUGAUCCGCAACCCGAACACACUGAAGCGGAUGGGAGGAGAGACAAGCAGGUCACAUGCACAAAAGUCCCACCCAUCAGCACUAAACCACACCCCCUCAAUUGAGCCGUCCCCUUCAUUCAGUUCAGCAGACGAGUGGCUAAAAGUUAUUGGUCUGGAGAAAUACAGAGAAAACUUUGCUAAGGCCGGACACAGCAGCCUGGACAGUAUCGUACGCAUGAAUCAAGAAGACUUGGCCAAAAUUGGAGUCUCCUCAAGUGUACAUCAGAAGAAAAUCCUGAACAGUCUCCAGGAAAUCCUGUCUGGAAUACAGCAGAUAGAAGAGAUCAAGCUUCCUGUCUGAUCUGUGACAGCGUAAAUGAAACCAACAUGAAUGACAAUAUGGAAACAAGAUGGAUAUAAUAUUUUAACUACUCACGCACUUUAAUUGGAUACGGACAGUAGCAGACAGUGGAAUAGCUGCACUUUUGACGGAUUAGUCUGCAUCUCAUGGUCUUCCUGACUGAGAAGUUCUGAGAGAGAGAACACUACAAACUGUUGACCUUCUGCAAAAUAAUACUGCUAUAGAUCCAGGAUUUCGUAUCGGAGUCCACUUUUGAACAGACUGUGAAAGAGACACUUGAAUGAGCAUUGAGAAUAUUUUUUUUGUUUGAAAGAAGGGAAGCAACACCGUCCCCUACAGGUCAUCUUGUGAACAGCACCUCUUGUUGAUGGAUACAAGUUACUUUUUUUGUUAAUUUCUUGGUCCCUUAUUUUUUAUUUUUGCUCGAAUGUGUAUUUCAGGAAUUAUUUCAUUUAAGUAGCCUGUUGACUUUUAAUAUUUGGAGGGGGAAAAAACCCUUCUAUCUAAAGGGAACAAAGGACAAUACAGAAACAUUUCUAAGAGGACUAGGAGCAGAUAUGCAGUGUACAGAGAACAUGUGAACCCAGGUAUGAUAUGGCUUGAGGCUACUUUUAUUCAGAGAUUGUCCAAAAAGUCAGAAUUGUCUACAAAACACAACAUAUUUUCCAGUGCUUUUUCAAUUUAAAACAAUAUAAACAACAUUAAGCCAAUGUGAAACAUCUAACAUAUACUUUGCUUCACUGUACCUGCAAACAAAGCGUUUUUAAAUACAGUAAUUGUAUUUUGUAGCUAAUUUGCUUAAAAUACUUUCCUUGAUUUAACCUAGUCCUGUCCUGUAUGUCUUUUUCUUAAUCUAUGACCAAGUCCAUGUUUGGAUUGACAUUUUACAGAUAAAUGUAGCUUCCUUAAAUGAUCUAAACAAUCAGUUUUUUAUUGUACAUAAAGCAAUACUGUAAUGAAAAUAAUACGUGCCAGUGCCAGUGUAAAAUCUGUCAAAAUAUAUGCCAAGCUGAGAGUUGAAAUGAAUGUAUUAUAAACAUGGUGCAUUUUCUAAUAAAAUGGACGACACCUAA